AUGCUCUCCUUCGGCUGUGGCCCAGUGACCCUUCGACUGGCCCGUUCUGACAUUCCCUUCACUGCUGCUGCAGGAAGACAGAGUGUCCAGAAGGUAUUUGGAUCUCGGUUGGUGUCUGAGGUGGAUCUGAGAGCCUUUUCCUCAUCUGUCAUCUGCUGCCUCGCUUUCAGUGCGCUCUCCACGCGCGUUCAUAUGCGCAGGAGUCUUUCAGAUCAGCGUGUGAGGAUGGAUGUGUUAUUUUACUCUUUAAUCAUACUAAUUUAUGGAAUUAAUGCAGCAUCCCGAUCUGGAAAAAACCUGAUGCCACACAUGAAAAAUGUGUGUGCUGAGCAGGAGGUGAAGCUCGUGGCCCAGAUGCAGCCAUGCGUCCAGGCCUUCACACGGAUGGUUAAAGCCUGGAAACAGGGAUGCCAGGGACAGUCGUGGUGCAGUGGCUACGAGAGGAGAACGGCUUACUACACUGCAUACAGACAGGUUUAUCGACAGCAACAUCAGACGGUUUACAAGUGCUGCCCAGGAUGGUCCCAGCUCAAGGGCGAGGCCGGAUGCCUGUAUCCCGUGUGCAGGUAUGGCGUGUGCUUUAAUGGAGGUCAGUGUAGAGAAGAUUCUGCUCAACUCUGUCUCUGUCCGGCCGGAUUCAGCGGUCCCAGCUGCCAGUACGAUGUAAACGAGUGUGAAGAGACCAAUGGAGGGUGUGAAGCUCUGUGCUGUAACAGCAUUGGCAGUUUCUACUGCAAGUGUCCCGCAGGUCAAGAGCUCAGAAAGGAUGGCAAGACCUGCCAGGAUAUUGACGAAUGCCAGGUGCAUAACGGUGGCUGCCAGCACAAGUGUGUGAACACCAGGGGUUCGUAUCACUGCCAGUGUAAUGCUGGAUCUCGACUGCACGUGGACGGACGCACAUGCAUCGCCAUCCACUUCUGCAGUGUUGGGAACGGCGGCUGUGAGCAUUUCUGUGUCCAGCAGACGGCGGGUCAUUUCCAGUGCCGCUGCCGACCUGGAUACAGACUCGACGCGGACGGGAAACACUGUAAAUUGUUGAAUCCGUGUGCGGAGCGAAACGGCGGUUGUUCUCAGGAGUGCCACAAGGAUGGAGAUCAGGCCCGCUGUGGAUGUCGUCCAGGUUAUCAGCUGGCUGAAGAUGACAAGACCUGUGAAGACAUUGACGAGUGUCAGACAGGCCAGGCGGACUGCGCUCACGGUUGUCGUAACACUAUGGGAUCUUUCAUGUGUGUGUGUCCCGCUGCCUAUGAGUUGGGUGUUGAUGGCAAGCAGUGCUAUCGUAUCGAGAUGGAGAUUGUAAACAGCUGUGAUCAAAAUAACGGCGGUUGUUCUCAUCACUGUGAACAUUCAACCAGUGGACCUGUGUGCAGCUGUAACACGGGAUACCAGCUGGAUGACGACCACAACACCUGCAUCGAUAUAAACGAGUGUGUAGAUGGCAGCUCGUGUUGUGAGCACGACUGCACAAACUAUCCUGGAGGUUACGAGUGUUACUGUACAGCUGGAUAUCGACUGAACGCUGAUGGAUGCAGCUGUGACGAUAUAGACGAGUGUUUGGCUGUAAACGGAGGAUGUGAUCACAGGUGUCAGAACAGCGCCGGAUCCUUCCAGUGCUCCUGCAGACGCGGCUUUCGUCUCCAUGAAGACAGACGCUCAUGUAUAUGUGAGUCUUCAGCUGGUCAUGAACCUAUCCUCAGACCUCAAGCUCAGCUCACCAUCCUGCAGGUGUAUGAGCAGAUCCUGGAGCGAUACGACGAGGACGAGGACGACACGGGAGAACUGCGCGCUGAGAGCACCCUAACUGAGAAAUUCAUAUGUUUGAAUGAUUCGUUCGGCUUGGACUGCAGUCUGUCGUGUGAGGACUGUGCUAACGGAGGAGUGUGUAACAAACACAGAAACGGCUGCGACUGUCCUGACGGAUGGACGGGACUCGUGUGUAAUGACACGUGUCCGGAGGGCUUUUUCGGCAGGAAUUGCUCGUUGAGCUGCAAGUGUAAGAACGGCGGUGUGUGUGAUCCGGUCACUGGGAGCUGCAGCUGUCCACCAGGGGUCAGUGGAGAGCUGUGUCAGGACGGUUGUCCCAAGGGGCUCUAUGGGAAGAUCUGUAAUAAGAAGUGUAACUGUGCUAAUAAGGGACGGUGUCAUCGCACUUAUGGGGCGUGUCUGUGUGACCCGGGACUGUACGGAAGGUUCUGCCACCUACCGUGUCCUAAGUGGACGUUUGGACCAGGCUGUUCUGAAGAGUGUCAGUGUGUUCAGCAGAACACUGUAGAGUGCCACCGUCAUCAUGGCGCCUGUAUUUGCAAGCCGGGUUUUCGGGGUGACAUCUGCAAAGACGUGUGUGAAUCAGGCUUCUUUGGCUCUGGCUGUGAUAAUAAAUGCUUGUGUCCGGCUGGAGUGACCUGUGAUCAUGUGACCGGAGCGUGUCAGCCGCAGUGUCCAGCUGGAACGACAGGAAACAAGUGUGACCAAGACUGUGUUGAGGGGAGAUUUGGGAUUGGCUGCUCCCAGUCAUGUGACUGCUCAGGAGCACCAUGUGACAGGAUCAAUGGCCAAUGCUUGUGUCCCGCUGGAACGUUUGGAAAACGUUGUGAAAAAGAGUGUGCAGAGGGGCGCUGGGGCGUUGAAUGUCAGGAAUCGUGUCCGGCGUGUGCGAACGGAGGCCGUUGUGACCGGCGUAACGGGACGUGUGUCUGCACUCCUGGAUUCAUGGGUAGAUUGUGCGAGAACAUGUGUCCCGCGGGACGCUUUGGUGCGGGCUGUCGGCUCAGAUGUACCUGUGAUAAUGGAGCUCGCUGCCAUCCUGUAACCGGACGCUGCUCGUGCGCUCCUGGCUGGACGGGCCACAACUGCAGGAAGGCCUGUGACGUGGGCCGCUGGGGUCUGGACUGUGUGAAUGUGUGUGACUGUGGAAACGAUGACGGAGGCUGUGACGCUCAGACGGGACACUGUCAGUGUGAGGCGGGUUUCACUGGACCUCAAUGUGACCAGAAAUGCCCUGCUGGUUCAUUCGGCCUGGGCUGUAAGCAUCGCUGCCUGUGUGAAAACCAGGCGUCAUGUGACCAUGUGGGCGGAGCUUGUACCUGUAAGACUGGCUGGACGGGGACAUUCUGUGAAAAACCCUGUCCGCAGGGUUUCUAUGGUCUGGACUGUCAGCAGAAGUGUGUGUGUAUGAACGGAGCUCUCUGUGAUCAUGUCAGUGGUGAAUGUGUCUGUCCUCCUGGCUGGAUCGGCACACACUGUAACCAAACGUGUCCUGCUGGAUUGUACGGAGCGAUUUUUUUAAAUGUAGGAAGAUCUGACACCUGUCUGCCCGGCACCUUCGGGAUCGACUGUAAUCAGGUGUGUCAGUGUUCAGAGAGAAACCAGCAGUGCCACCCGCUGUCUGGAGACUGUUACUGCAAGCCUGGAUUCACAGGACCCAAGUGUGAACAGGCGUGUGCUGAAGGUUUCUACGGUCCUGGCUGUGAGCAUCACUGUCAGUGUUUGAACGGUGGAGCUUGUCUCUCGGUCUCAGGUGCCUGUGAAUGUCCGGCCGGAUUCAUCGGGGCCCGCUGUCAUCUCAUGUGUCCGGCGGGCGUCUGUGUGUCAUCUGAGGUCUGGUGUGUGUGUGUGUGUGUGUGUGCAGUCUGUCCCGCGGGCCGCUUCGGACCGGGCUGCUUGCAGCGCUGUGACUGCAGUAACAGAGGUCUGUGUGACGCCGUCUCGGGGAACUGUUCAUGUGCUCUCGGCUGGACCGGCUCACGCUGUGAGAAAGCGUGUCCAGAGGGUCUCUUUGGUCCUGACUGUGCUCUUCAGUGUGUGUGUCAGAAUAACAGCACAUGUGACCGAGUGACAGGAAGCUGUCGGUGUGAGCCGGGAUACUACGGUCAUCUCUGUCAGCUCGCAUGUCCUGCUGGUCUGUUCGGCUCUGGCUGUCAGCAGCACUGUGACUGUGUGAACGGGGCUUCAUGUCACCACAGAACCGGACAGUGUGUCUGUCCCGCUGGAUUUCACGGCUCUCGCUGUGAGAGAGAGUGUGAGCAGGGCACCUUCGGUCUGAACUGCUCUCGGUCAUGUGACUGUGCGGAGGACACACCGUGUGACCCGGUGAGCGGCAGCUGUAUCUGCUCCUCGGGAAAGACGGGUGUCCGGUGUGACAGCGCCUGCAGUGCGAGGCGCUACGGGCCGGACUGUGCUCUCAGCUGUGAGUGUGAGAACGGAGCUCAGUGUGACAGCAGGAACGGACGCUGCAUGUGUCUGAACGACUGGACCGGCCUCACGUGCUCACAGCGCGGACCUCCAGAUCUGAACUCCAGACGUUCAGAAGAGAAUCAGUCGCAGCUCAACGUCUCGUAG